AUGUAUAGGAAUUACACGGGUAAAGACUCAAAUGAUUUUUAUGUUUUAGAAGCUAGAGAGAAGAAUGGUGAAGAUAAUAUUUACGUAUCCGAUGAUAAAAAUGAAUUGAAUCUUUUAACAUCGCAUAAGGAAGUUAUAAAGAAGAAUGUAGAGAAUUAUUCUUUUGACGAUUUGUUAAAUAAAGAUGAUUUCAUAUAUCAUGAAGAUGUGAAAAAUCAAAUAGAAAUUAAAAAUAAAAAUGUUAAUAAAUAUAAAGAAGAAGAGAAUAAUCUAAUAAUAAAUAGAGACACAAAAGAUGUGCAUAAUAAUUUGUAUGAUGAAGAAAGAGAGAUACAAGUAUUUAUAGAUAUAUCAAAAUUGUUACAAAGUAAAGAAGAUAACGAUGGUAACAAUGGUGAAGAUAUAUGUAAUGAUGUUUAUGAUAUAAAUAUAAAUAAAAUUAAAAAUAUAGAAAUAUAUCCAAACGUUAUAUUAAAUGAUAAUAAAAUAAAUGAUAAUAAAAUAAAUGAUAAUAAUAAUAAUAAUAAUAAUAAUAAUCAUUAUGAUGAAACACAUUUAUCCUAUGGAUCCAUUCCUUAUGAAAAGAAAGAAAGAAAUGUAGAUAUUCUUCAUGAUUUAAAUAAUAUAUCUUAUGAAUAUUUUUAUAAAGACACAUAUAUAAAUGAACAUGAACACACGAAGAUAAAUCCUUCUCAUGAAGACAUAGAUUUGUUCAGUGCUCCUAAGGAGAAAACAUCAAAUGUUCACAUCAGCAGCAAUAAUAAUAAUAAAUAUAAUAAUGAUGAUGAUAAUAAUAAUAAUAAUAAUUAUUAUUAUCAUAAUAAUAAUAUUUUUGUAGAACUCACAAAAACGUUACAUGAACAAAAUAAUAAGAAGCAACUUAACUUGGAUUCUACAAUAAACUCUUUUCAAAAUAAAAAGGAAGAAAGAACGAAUUUAUUUAAAUCACCAUGUAACAAAAUAAAUAAUUUCCAUUCUACUUCUAAUAAUAUAAAUAGAUGUAUCUCAAAUUAUAUCAAGUAUAAUGUAGAUAAUUCUUUUAUUAAGAACGAAAAAAACAAAAAAGAGUUUUUCUUUUUUGACGAUGAUAAAGAUAAGGUUUUGUUAGAAAAGAAUAUUUUAGAAAGUUACAAUCAUUUGAAUGAUCAUAAAAAUAAACAUGACGAAAACAUUACUACGAUAAUAAAUGAUAAACCAUCUAAUUUUUUUAAUUAUAUUUAUAAUAUAGAAAGUAAUAAAGAAGAUAUAAAGUGGAAUUUAAAAAAUAGCUAUUAUGUAUAUGAGAAACAUAAAAUAGAACAAGAGUUAUCAACAUGUUUAGAAAAUAACAUAUCUUUGGAUACAUUUAAUUAUCUCUAUAAAAAAUAUAACGAAGAUACAUGUAAUAUUUAUAAUUUUAAUGAACAAAAAUCAUCUUUUCUAAAAAAACAUAUUCUUCAAGAAACACAAAUGACUAUAAAAAAAAAUGAAAAAAAUAAUAAUUUUAUACAAAAAAAAAAACAACAACAGCAACAACAACAGCAGCAACAACAGCAACAACAACAGCAGCAACAACAGCAACAACAACAGCAGCAACAACAACAACAACAACAACAACAGCAACAACAACAACAACAGCAACAACAACAACAACAACAGCAACAACAACAACAGCAACAACAACAACAACAGCAACAACAACAACAACAGCAACAACAACAUAAUAAUAAUAAUAUUAUUGGGAAUCAUGUAAAUUAUAAUAUGGGAGGUGUACAAGACGUGGAACCUUAUAAAGAUACAUUACAAAAAGAUGAACAAAGUUUUUUGAAUAAUACAGGAAUCAAUUUUUAUAUAGAUAAAAAAAUAGAAGAAAUUAAUGAUAUAAAUAAUAAUACAUGUACUUCUACAAAUAUGGAUAUGCAGAAAAUUUGUUUAGAAAAUAAUAAAGAAUGUAUUGAAAAAAAUAAUAAUAAUUCAUAUUCAAUAAUAUCAUACAAACAAAACCUUUUUAAUAAUAAUAUGAUAAAAAUAGAUUCUUCGAAUAUGGAACAUAAUAAAACACAAACUUUAUAUGAUAAUCUAAAUAAACAGGAGGAUACCAUGUCCUCAAAUUUGUGUACUUCUAUUAUUAAUUAUAAUGAUAAUAAAGAAAUUAAAGAAGUGGAUAAUGUAGAACACACAAUGGGAAAUUUAGAAAGAUGUACAAAAAAAAAUUUUUGUAUGAAUAAAGAAAAGGACCAUGUUGAAAGGGGUGAUUUUAUGUACAAUCAAUAUAACAAAGAAAAUGAAAAUGAAAAGGAAAAUGAAAAUGAAAAGGAAAAUGAAAAUGAAAAUGAAAAGGAAAAUGAAAAUGAAAAUGAAAAUAUUAAAAAUAAUAAGAAUAAUAAAAAUAAUUGUGAUAAUAAUAUUAACAUAUUGGAUGAAAAAAAUGAUUUCUUUCAUUCUUUUAUAUAUCAUAAUAAUUCUGGAACAUCCCCAAAUAACAAAACGUAUUAUAGAAAGCACUGUACACACAACCAUUGUUAUAAUAAUAUAAAUAAUGAUCAUGUAUGUAGAGAAGAUCUUUAUAGUGAUGAAAAAACAAAAGAUCUAAUGUAUGUAUUAAAAAAUCAGGUUUCAAAAAAAAAUAUGACAGAUGAUAAAAAGAUAAGGGAAUUUUUUUUUUUUUAUGAACACAUGAACAAUAAAAACGUAGGAGAGCAACAUCACAAGGGAAAUGAAAAAGAGGAUAUUCACAUGAAUAAUAUACAACAAAGUGUUUAUUAUAAGGAAGAUGAAAAUAGAUUAGCGGAUAAUUAUAAUGUCAUGAAUGACGAAAGAAGUAAAAUUGGUUCUACAUAUAUCGAACCAACUAUAUUUUUAACACAUAAUAAUAAUAAUGAUAAUGAUGAUGAUAAUAAUAAUGAUGAUAAUAACAAUAAUGAUGAUAAUAAUAAUAAUAAUAAUAAUGAUAAUAUUAUAAAAAACGAAUACAUUAAUAAUUACAUUUUAGAAUGUAUCUUCAACGAUAAGAAGGUAGAUAAUAAUUACAAUAUUUAUGAUAAUAUAAACGAUAUGAACAAGAUACACACAUUUGAUUCUAUUGAAUUAUUUAAAGAUAAUAAAGAUAAAAGUUUUUAUAAAGAAGAAUUAUAUGAUGAUAAUGAUAUAUAUAGAGAUAAGAAAAAUUUGUUACAACCAUUCCAAGAUUAUUUUGAGAAAACUAAUUUCCUAAGAAAGGAUAAAAUUUUUAUAGAUAAUGCAAAAAGGAAUAAAAUAAUAAAUAUGGAUCAUAUGAAUGAUGAUAAUAUUAAUAAUCAUGAUGAUGUAAAUGGUGAUAAUAUUAAUAAUCAUGAUGUAAAUAUUGACAAUAUUAAUAAUCAUGAUGUAAAUGUUGACUAUAUUAAUGAUGAUGAUGUAAAUGUUGACUAUAUUAAUGAUGAUGAUGUAAAUGUUGACUAUAUUAAUGAUGAUGAUGAUGUAAAUGUUGACUAUAUUAAUGAUGAUGAUGAUGUAAAUGUUGACAAUAUUAAUGAUGAUGAUGUUAAUAAUAUGUUGCAAAAAUAUUUAGAGAAACAAAAAAAGAGAGGAAACAUUUUCGAAUCCCUUAAUUCUUUUAUAUACAACUUUAAAAAUAACAACAAUAUAAAUAUGAAUAGUAGUAAUAUUAGUAGUACUCAUAAUUUGCUUCAUUUAUAUGAUCAUAUGGAUGUGGAGGGGUUCCAUAAGUUGGAUAUUGAACAAAAAAUAGAAAAUAAUAGAAAUAAAACGAUUAAGGAUACAAAGAAUAUUAAUGAUAUCAAAACAUAUGAACAUAAUAAACAUAUUAGUAAUACAAGAGUAAAUAAUAUGAUUAAUCAGAAUGAUAUAUACGAUGAUAUGAAUAAUUGUACAAGAUGUGUUAAAAAAGAGACCAUGGGAAAAAAGAAUGAAAGUAUUAGCUUUUUUUCGUAUAAUGAUCAAAAAGAAGAAAAAAAAAAAAACGAAAAAGAUAUAAAAAAUGAUCAUAAUGUUGAUAAUAAUAAUAAUAAUAAUAAUAAUAAUAAUAACAACAAUAAUAACAACAAUAAUAAUAACAAUAAUAACAACAAUAAUAAUAAUAAUAAGUGUUAUUAUUAUUUGACGGAUCCUUUCAUUUCGACAUACCCAAAAAACGAUAUGGUAAAAAAAGAGAAAAAAAUUCAUGCUCCUAAAAAUAAUAACGCGCAGAAUAACACAAUAAACAAUAAUAAAGACCAAAAAAAAAAAGAUCAUAAUCAUGUGGAUGGAGAUAAUAUUAUUUUAACCAUGAUAUGGAAUAUUAAUAAUAUUUCUCUAUUAACCGGUAGUAAGAAUAAUUUUGUGGUGUCCCCAGAAUUUAAGACACAUACAAAAAUUAAAGAAUUUUUCAUAUUAUUUAAUAUGAACAAUCAAAAAGAUGUGCAGAAUAAAAAUUGUGUUGAUUAUUAUAUAGAUAUUUUAUUUUCUUACACAGGAUUUUGUGAUAUUAUAUUUUCUGUUACUUGUGGUAUAUAUAGAAAAAAAUAUACAUGUUAUAAUAUUUCGACAAUACCUUGGUUUGGAUAUAAAAACUGGGGGGUCUUAAAAAAUUGUAUGAAGAAGGACAUGGUUUCCAUAAGAAUAGAUAUUCAUGAUAUCAAAGAAAAAAAUGAAAUAAAAGAAAUUUAUUUAAAUAAUAUUAUAUCACAAAUAAAAGACAAAAAAGAUAAUACGAAAAAUGUAAAUUUGUCACAUGAUCAUCAAAAUGAUUAUAAAGAUUCUAAUAAUGUUUUUAUUAAUCAAGAUAAAAAUUUAUAUCAACAUAAUAUUGCAUAUAAUAAAGAACAAAUCAAAAAUAAUAUCAUAUAUAUAGAUGAUAACAUAAAAAAAAAAAAAAAAGAAUCUAAUAAUAUGUCUAUUAAAAAAAAAAAUCUUUAUGAAAAAAAGGAUAAUAAUUAUAUAUUCGAUAUACAUAAAAAUAUUAUACAUCAACAUAAUAAAAUGGAUUCUAUAUUACAAAGUAACAAAAUGAAUUACAUUAAUAAUAAAGCUAAUUUUCAAGAAAUCAAUAAUCUGAAAAAUAACCAAAAUAUAUAUUCAUUCGAAUGUAAAAUUAAUAAAAAUGUUAAUCAUAUAAAGGAAGAAAAUACAACCAAAAAUGACAUCCUUAAUAAUAAUAAUAAUAUAUAUAGUAAUAAUAUAUAUAGUAAUAAUAUAUAUAGUAAUAAUAUAUAUAGUAACAAUAUUAAUAAUGAUCAUUUUAAAAAUAAUGUUUCCUUAGAUAAUCAUAAUCUUUCUUAUAAUAUAAAUAAACACUUUCAUAAACACCUUUUUGUACAUCCAACACAGAAAAAUCUAUCAUCAGGAAAAAAUAACAAUAAUAUUUUAAAUAAUAAAUACCAAAUGACCACAAAAGAAGAUAUCCAAGGAGACGAUAUCUAUUAUACGAGCCUCUAUGGAUAUAAUACUUUAGAAUGUAAAAUUAAAAGGGAAAAUUAA